AUGUUGGGUGGGGAGCACAAAAAGGAGCGCUUUAGCGAGUGGCUCGGAAACGCCCAGAAUCAACCUAAAAAUCGGGGAUAUUUACCUGGGACACUUGCCAUGUCGAAUGGUUAUACACCAGCUACCCUGGAGGGCAAUUGGUAUGAGGAACGCGCGGAUGCCGGUUUCCAUGAUGGUAAAGCAGUACUCCCCAGAGCACAUGAGGGGUGCUGGGUUACAACCUAUCGUGACAUGGUAGGGACCUCCAAGAGCAUCAAGCGGGCCGAUUUCGUUAAUUUUGACCAGAGCACUAUGGUUGAAAUCGUUGAUCGUACCCUCUCUAGUUAUCCGGGGCAUCAGCCCCACCUUGAUCCACAGUGGCAGACUACACUGGGGGAGACCUUUAAGACAACUACACAAGAAGCCUAUGUGGGUCACCCAGUAAAUGUACGAGGUUCAUUUGUCAACUGCGAUGAAGCGGCUCUAUUGUCUAAACGUCCCGUCAAAGUUCACGGAACUGGAAGCACACCUGCUGCACAGGCGCGCGGUGUGCUGCGACGCUUGCGCCAGCAGCUUCACAAGAGCAUGCCAGGUCAGACGGCUUUUCCUAGUAACGUCAUACGAACACUGCGGCACGCGCUGCAAGGGAGCUGUACCGACAAGGGAAGCGGUGAAAUCAACGCAACCGAGCUGUGUGCGGGAUUGGAAGCUAUUGGAUUGGAAGUGUCUCUGACCGAGUGUAAUGCCGUGAUCGGCGGCUUCGAUUGCCAGGGUCGUAGUGGCACUGCCCCUAUUGUCACAAUUAUCGAAGAGCUUCGUGGCAACAUCAAUGAACAUCGUGAGCGGCUGAUUAGGAGCGUGUACAAUUUACUUGAGAGCAUCUGUAAACGUAGCGAUGGCUAUGGCAUUCUGCGCACCAAGGACCUCGUGCGUCUGAUUGAUACAAAACAUAUGUUAUGCGUAAAGAAUGGGCUAUUGUCUGUGGAUGAAGCACGCGCUCUUUUUCGUGACCAACUAGAUUCACGUAAUGGUGACGAAACAUACAUUAGUUUCGAGACCUUCCUUCGUUAUUUUAGUGAUGCAUCAUUUGAAAUCGAUUCUGAAAAUGACUACGAGCUAUGGAUGCGCAACUGCUGGCAUCUCAGUGGUGGACAGGGAAAAUCUAUCAAUACAUCGUGUCGCAGGCUAGAGGUCGUGCACCACAAUGGUAGAGUCACAAAAGAAGAAGUUAUUAACGAUUUGGAUAUAUUAGGAAGUGGUUCGAUAGUAGAGAAACGCAUUAUCGAGAACUUGCGCCGUCAGGGUAUCAAGGAUGUAAAAAGUUUUCGCGUUCUAUGA